AUGUCGUUGGCUGCUCUAAUGGAUCUAAUGAAGAAUGAAGAUGAGCCAGAUACUGCCACAAAGUCUCUCAUCAACGAGAUCCGCUCCACCAUCCCCAAGAAGUACUGUGAGAAUCCCACCUUAUCAAAAUCACAGAAAUGCGGGAGCGAGGCUGAGGUAGCGAGUCAUCCAAGUAUCAUCGCCAUUACUGAAGCCGUCACCAAUCCAUUAUAUAGGACCAACGAUUCUGAUUGUCGUUGCCCUCCCACGUAUAUUCAAGAUCUCGAGGCGAAAGUUGCCCACCAAAGAUGCGGCGGAGGUACAACGGUGAAGACUAGUGCCACGGUGACUCGAGAUCAUGUGGAUCAUUGUCGCCAAAGAAACUGGAGCAGGACCUUCGAAUCUGACUGGGUAGAUUUACCUAUCGAGUCGAAUGACGAGAAGAACACGGCCCAUGAUGAGAGUGUUUACAUGCCUCAGCCUUCGAACAGUCUGCCGCAGGCUGCACCAAGUGCUAUCAGUGAUUUUACUCAGCAUAACCUCACUCACAAUUCCGCAUCUGGUGCUUCAAUGGACUGGAUAGAACUGAGAGAUAGAGAACUCUGCACUGGUAGGAGCCAAGUCGAAGACGGUGAUAUCGCCUCAAGAACAAACGGCCAUCUGAAGAAUCUUGAACAGCUUCAACCGAACGCAUUCGUGAGGCUAUUCAGCGAGAAUCAGGACUUGAUAUCUGCCAACAAGGUGACAAACGAUCAAUGGACCACUGGAACAUCCUUAGCAGUUAGCGCUUGGUCAACAGAAUCUCACAAGGUGUCCUCGACGCUGGAAGAUAUGCUCAGACAAGGAUGUUCCUCAGAAUUGAUAUUCAGGAUCAAUCCGCGAUUCCAAGAUAGACGUAUCCGAACUAGCAUCUCCAUCAGUGAUGGCCUCCAAGCACGCAGCGUGAAGAAGCUAGAGCGACGCCUUUGA